GGUGUGACCAUCCCCAGUCAGCGGCGAUACGUCAUCUAUUACAGCUUCCUGCUGAGGAACCAGCUGCUGUACAAACCGGUCGCUCUGCUCUUCCACAAGAUGCUGUUUGAAACUAUCCCCAUGUUCACUGGAGGAACCUGCAAUCCACAGUUUGUAGUGUACCAGCUGAAGGUGAAGAUCCACACAUCAAACCCCGCCAACACCCGCCGGGAAGACAAACUGAUGCUGUUUGAGUUCCCGCAGCCACUUCCUGUCUGUGGAGACAUCAAGGUGGAGUUCUUCCACAAACAGAACAAGAUGAUGAAGAAGGAAAAGAUGUUCCACUUUUGGGUCAACACUUUCUUCAUCCCGGGGCCGGAGGAGAACCCCGACAAACUGGAGAACGGCAGCGCUGGGACGCCGCGGGAACCGGCCGACAGGACGCAGCAGAGCCUGGUGACGAUGACGGGAGGAGAUGGCAACGACAGAGACUACCUGGUUCUGACCCUGACCAAGACUGACCUGGACAAGGCCAACAAAGACAAAGCCAACAGGAACUUCUCCCCGAACUUCAAGGUAAAACUGUUUUUUACCAAGACGGUAGAGGAAGGAGCGAACUGUGACGCAAGCAGCACGUCGGCCUCGGUGACACCAGACGUCAGCGAUAACGAACCGGAUCACUACCGCUACUCGGAUACGACAGACUCAGACCCGGAGAACGAGCCGUUCGAAGAGGACCAUCACAAUCAGAUCACAAAAGUGUGACACACACACUCUCACACACUCAGAUAUAUACGUGUGUGUGUGUGUGUGUGUGUGUGUACACACAGUAUGUAUGUAUACACACUCAUAAACCCCCAGACGGAGACUAGCGCGUUAGCUAACAGGGGAAUAUAACCGACGGACCAGAACUGAUCAAUGGGACUUAAAGAGCUCAUGUCAGUAUAUAAGCUCCUCCCCUCCAAUCUUCUGCUCAGCUGGACAAUCACAGGAAGUGGCGGCCGGAGGCGAGGAGGGCGGGGAUAAAUGUGUGGGCGGGGCCGGGUCAAAUGGACAAUAAGACAGAUGAAUGGACAGACAGAAGGUUUAAAGAAUAAAGGAGUAAAACUUGAAUAUAAACAAACUGAAAUACAAGUAGACUUCUUUAGACAUGUUUGUUGGAUAAAUCCCCACAAUCCUUCCUUCCUGACCCGUAAGAACUUUAUGCAGACCAAUCUUCAUUUCCAUCGCUUCAGUCUUCAGUUGUGACGCUGGUGGACUCUUCUCUCUGUGUGCUCACGGCCAAAUGUACAAACGGUUCUGAAGCUAAAUUAGUCUGAACGUUUUUAUUGGUGCAACUUCUAGUGCUCCCGAAUAGUGAAUCCAGACCCUCUCUCUAUCUCCCCCUGGUGGCUGACUGCAGUAUAGACUCUCUUUGUUCUCAACCAAAGAACUGAGCCCUCUAAACUUCUUUUAAGAAUCUUUCUCCUAGAUAUGAGACAUGUUUGAACCAAGCUGGACCAGUCUCAGUGCUGGUCUUUACCAAAUGUGGACCAGUUACAGGUGGUCUGGACUGGUUUUGAGGCAAAGCAGCACACAGAGAGAAGAGAUGGCCUGUUUGAAUGUGAUGAAGGAUACGAGAAACUUCUUUUAUUCACAAUCUGCUGCAGUUCUGUCAAUCAUCUACUGUUGAAACAACACAAACAGUUCAAACUUACUGUGAACAAUGCUACUGUCUGUCUCUAUGUCUGUCUACAGUUUUGCACAGAAGGAUUCUCUUCAAUCAGCUCCUACAGUUACAGUUUCCAUUAUAUCAAACUUUAAACAAGCUGCGCGCAGUGUAACUAUUCCUUCAGCCAGUCAGUUAACUCAAACUACGACUCCAGAGCGCUUGGUUUUGAUGUGCCUGGGAUGCCAGGUGGGUGGGGUUUUAUACAGAACUGCUCACUGAUGGCUUUGUACUCGGUCCAUCCAGAGAACAUUUGGUUCCUUUUAUAAAGCUACCGUUGGAGGUUUUAGCUCAACCUGGAGAUCAGAAUAUUGAACACAGAUAAAGUGAGGGUUGAUAUGAACGACCAGUCUGCUCCUGACUCAUAUUUUAUUGGAUCAUCUGCCAGAGGAUGUUAAGAAACUGCGUUCCACCAAUGUGCUAGAAGAUUGUUUGAGCAAACAGGUGCUGGUCAGUCCUUCCAGGAAGUUGCGACGUUGUGAUCUUAAUUACAGAGUUCCCACAUGUCCUGGAAAACCUGGAAAUUUGUUUCCCAGUCAUGGAAACACCUGGAAAUAAUAUCUGUUGUUUCCUCACUCAGUUGACCUUCUUAAACCUGGGUUAGAGGAAAACUAGUAAACUAGUCAAAUCACCAGAGACACUGCAGAGAAAUUGGUAGUGAGAACAGGUGGAAGGGAGCUAACGCAGAGUGUCCCAUAAAUAUUGACCACAUACCUUUUAAUGAGUCACCACACUCAAUUCCUUGUUUAUAGUUUGAAGAUGCAGACAUGUGACACGGACGUCUCACAUUGACCCUGAACAAGUUUUUCAUGAAUUAUACAAAAAGAUUGCAACUAUUUGUGCAACUUCUACGUUCUCCUGCAAUUUUAUUGCAAAAAAAGCCAAAAAACAUCAGAAAAUGCAUCACAGUUAAUUAGAAACUGCCGUGAAAUUUUAGGCCUGCGAGAUCCUGGAGGGACGGAUGGGUUUCCUGAGGUUCGACCUUUGUGUGUCUUUGGUUUCUGACAUUUCAGAAACAGUGAUGUUCUACAACUAUUACUCUGAUUAUUAAUCAUUUUACUCAUCGCUACCAUUUCUCGGAGACAUUUAAGCACUUGCUAACUGUACCUUUACCAACACUUUUAGGAUCACAUUAGCAUUACAGGUUCAAGACUCCUCCGUCUGGAUCUUACAGAAGAUACUGAACGUUAGGGAUGCUCCUGUUUGUGUUUUUACAUCGUAGGUUUAAUUGGAGUCAUUCUAGUGAACCUGUUCAGUUCCUGUUCUCUGUUCUCUGACUGAAUGCUGGUCCAUAGAAGAUCAUUCCAAACCUUUUUCUUAAUGUAAACAGAGUUUAUUGCUUAGAUGCUUUCUGAUUGGUCGGUGUUCUACUGCAAAAACGUACCACGAAGUUGGAAGUACUGUUUGAAGUUUAGAGAUCGGAGAGGAGAUUUUAAUUGAAUAGCAGUGAAUUUGUUCAGAUUGGAGCAUCCCUAAUGUUUAUCUAAACCUCCAGAUUGGGUGUGGGCAGAAGUCUGAUUUCCGUCCUAACGUCGGUGCUACUACCAUCAUUAGCUCUGUGUUGGUCCAGUAGUUAUUGAGUGUAUGGCGGGAUUAAGACUCGGGAUUGGGUCUUGAGGUUCCCGUUGUCAAGCCUGUAGGCCUGAUUACACAGGACGUUCUCUGAAGGCUUGGAAACACGAAACUGCUUUUAUUCUGAGAAGCUUCAACUUUUAUCUGAUUGGAAAGUAAAGAAGUUGCCUCACUUUCUCACAGCGAGGUGUACCAGCCAAAUAAAUAUCCUGGUUCCAGACGGAUGAAUGAAACUGAUGAUAAUUUUCCUGGUUGGAAAAACAAUUGAGGCAAUCAGAGAUUUGUAGGUGGAUUAGAAAUGGGAAUGUUAUCUUCCUGCCAGAACAGUCAAAUCUCAACAAAAAACACAACUAAAUGAGCCAAGAAACAAAAUGGACAUUGGGAUUUUCAAAAAUAAUCCUCAACUCCUUGAAGUCACUGGCACAAGUAGAAGAAAGUACGUCCUGUGUGAUCACAUCUUUAGCAUGUUAACAGCUAGCCAUGGUUGAGCCUACAGUUCCUCUUGUUGGGUUUAAGGUGCUAAGCUAAGCUAGCCAGGGCUGAUGCUGAGUCUGUUCAUCUGUGGCGCUCUCCAGCAGCCUUGAGUGUGGUCAGCAUGGCGAUCUGUCCACAGGCUGUUUGCAUUUUACACACCUCCUGUCCUGAGUCGUGUUAGGUGCUGUCAGGCCUGGUCUCACUUCCUGUCAUCAACCCGUUCAGAUGUGACUGGUGUCACCUCAUUCAGUGGAGCAACGAGUUCACCCAGGAAACAAACAGCUGUGGACUGCUGUGUGUCAGACAAGCUGAUUGGUUGAGAAAACUUCCUGUCGGGAGGCGGGUUCAAACCCAGAAAUAAAGGCUUAAAGAUUCUUGUUUGUAAAAGUCUAAGAAAGCAAAAAGCUUUUUGUUCCUCCUGAUGAAGCUGGCGGUAUGCUCCAUGUACUGGUUUGCACUGACCGGGUUUCAGGUGUCUGAGUCCAGGCCGGUGCUGUCCACGUCUCCAACUGUUUCAGGUGCUCAAUAUCUUCUUCUUUUAACCAUUUUGUAGUUGUAGGUCGCAGUUCAACUGCGUCAGAUCCAUCAGAAAUCCUUUGUAAGAACCAGUCGAUUCAAACGUUUGUACCCUAAACUAUUCAAUGUUUUUAAACAGAGUUCAGGGUUCCUGCACCGAACGGGGGUGUUACAGUAAUGUUAGCUUUGACUUUGGACUCGUUAGCGGACUCCAUUUCAACAGCACAACAAGAACAUUUGUUCUUCAUUCUGGGAUCGUCCAGUUUCUCUCUCUCUCUGUUUUUCUGCCACCAACUGCAGGGACAUAACUCUAACAUCUACUGAAGUGGUCUAUAGCUGCCCUAUCAGGUCCGGCAGAAUUGAAUCUCCGGUACCGCCGGUACUGUAGAAAACACGUCACAUAUUCAGAACUAAAUCAACUUGGUAUCAGUUCUCGUGACAUCCCUAGAUAUUACCACGACCUCCGCACAGGAAACGGAAACCUGUUGAUUUAAAAACCUGAAGUUGAGUUUGAACGUUUGAAUCUGUAAAGGAACCUUCAACAAUCAGCAGUUUUACACACAGAAGAAUAAACUCGAAGCUUCUUUAACUCUGUUUACAUCUCAUCACCAAACCUGCCAAAUGAAGCUCCGACUGACGUUUGUUUGUUGGUUUGUUUGGAGUUGACGCAGUAAACAUGUCCUUUUUUCUGUUUGCCUUAAGGGGCGGUCACAUUAACCUUCAUUCAACCUAAAUAAUGGAGUCUACAGGUGAACUCACCUGAGAGUCCGCUGGAGGUCUUUAGUUUGUUGUUGUGGCUUUCGGACUGAGGUGUCAUAUGAGCGUAACUUUACUAGAAACCAACAACAGUUUUCUGCUCUGAGUCGGUUCCACCUGUCCUCACCUGUUCUUACCUGUCGCUCUCUGUAACACCUGUCCUUACCUGUCCAGGUGACUGAGCCCCGCCCCUCGGUUACUGUUGCUAACCUGUCUACAGUGAUGGCGGCAGUGUCAUCGCCCAUCAGAGCAGAUUAUUUUUGUUUGUUUCAGUGUUUCUGUUCAUGAUGAUGAUUUUCGUGUUUUUAUUUGUCAGGUAUUGAUUUUGUAUCAGUCAGGAAGCUCAGCAGAACUCUGGCCUGUAUCACCACGGAUCAAUACUUCAUGUUAAACUGACCCUGCUCCUCCCGCACUUCUUUUAUUCUUUCCCUCCUCCUUUUAUAAUUAAAUAAAAACACUGUAAAGUGAAUAAACUAUUUAUAAACAUC